CUCCUACCAAAGAUAUCCUCCUGGUAGGGGGAGAUCUCGAGAUACCUGGGAAGGUUAGGAUGUGGUAGAAGUGGUAUAUAAACAUUGGAAACGUUUCUGGGAUCAUCAGAACAUCCCAGUGCCACAAUGAGGUUGUUAGUGAGUCUAGUACUGUGUGCGGGGUUCACACUAGGUGAGGAACCAGUUAAAAAAACGGACAACGAGUUAACGGGCAACCAGUUGAACAACGUUGACAACGACUCAAAAAAACAGGGUAAACGGGAGUUAUACGACCUGGGAAACUAUGGUCACGGGUUCGGAUAUGACAGUUUUGGACUAGAUCAUCAUAGCUUUGGAGGGUUUGACCAUGGUUUUGGUCAUCAUUUCCCCCACCACGAGGUGCAUAAAACGGUGACUUUGACUAAGGAGGUCCCGGUUCCAUAUCCGGUACACAUCGAGAAGAAAAUCCCGGUUCCUGUGGAUCGGCCAUACCCGGUACAUGUGCCCAAACCAUAUCCGGUUCAUGUGGAGAAGCAUGUACCGGUUCCAGUGAAGGUACCCGUUCCAGCGCCGUACCCUGUGGAGAAACCGGUUCCAUACCCCGUCAAGGUACCCGUCGAUCGUCCAUACCCGGUUCAUGUACCAAAACCCUACCCAGUCUACGUGGACAAACCCUACCCGGUUCCCGUGGAGAAGCACGUCCCCGUCCCGGUCAAGGUUCCGGUAGACCGUCCCUACCCCGUCCAUGUACCGGUCGAGAAACCUGUGCCUUACCCUGUCGAGAAACCAGUUCCCUACCCCGUCAAGGUACCCGUGGACCGUCCAUACCCAGUUCAUGUACCAAAACCCUACCCUGUUCACGUUGAGAAACAGGUGGCUGUGCCCUACCCCGUACCCUACGCAGUCAAGGAGCAUCAUGGUCAUCAUGGACACGGCUUCUUCGACCAUGGAUUCGCCCUGGGAGAGCAUCUGUGAACCCCGAACCGUCAUACCUGAACCGUUAAACACUGGAGAUGUCUGAUAUAACCUACCGGUACCCGUAUUUAUGAUUUGUCACAUUAAACGGUUUCUAUUUUUCUAAAUUAUUU